CGGGACCAGGCCGGCUGCUCUCGGCGCCUCCAAUGCAGCCGCAGGAAAGGGGGCUCCUGGCGCGCCGUAGCCAAUAGAUUUCCAGCGUGUGUGUUGUAGUGGAUCCGAGCUUCGGAUGCAGAGCCGGAGCCAUGGAGUGGGUCGCCGCCGCUUCAGGAAAGAGGGGCGAUCCCUUUGCUGGAGGGAUCCCUGCCUGGGCGCCUCCCGACGUGCCCCCGAUGGCAGCAGAGCGCGGCCCCGAGGAGCGGCGGGACCGCACGGAAGGCUUCAGCUUUGCAGGCAAGCAGAGACCCAGCGCAGGGGAAUGAAGGGGAGCAUCGGGUUCAAUGCACUUUUUAUUUAUACAGAAAUUUUAGAAAGAGUCGACUGCUUGCCUUCCGGGACCGCUGAAAUUCUUUCCAUUCAUUAGCAAUUUGUGUUAGGCGCCUGAAGGGAACAUAGAUCAAUGCUGCGCCCCUGUCGUUUCAAAAGGCUCUGAAAAGUGUUCCAUGUUUCAAUUGAGGUCAACAUCUCCUUCUUGGGAAAAGGACAUUGCUGCGGUGGAGUCUGCCCAGCAGCCAGUGACCUUUGAGGAUGUGGCUGUCUGUUUCACAAAGGGGCAGUGGGAUCUGCUGGAGCCAGAGCAAAAAGCCUUGUACAAGGAGGUCAUGCAAGAGAACUACGAGAACGUGGCCUCCCUGGGUUUUCCAGUUGCCAAACCCACCUUGAUCUUCUGGCUGGAGCAAGGAGCGGAGCCCUGGGUUCAAGAUAUGGGAGAAAAAGCAAUCAAAGCAAGCGACAAGAAGACGGCGAAGAAAAAAGCAACCUGCCCCCUGUGUGGGAAAAUAGUCUCUUCCAAAUAUGCUCUCAUCGGGCACAUGAGGACCCACACGGGAGAGAAGCCGUACGAAUGCUCCGACUGCAGGCGGAGGUUUGCCUUGCGGAAGAAUCUGACCUUGCACCAGAAAACUCACCAGAGACACCUUGUGCCAAACUCCCAGUUAAUCCAAGAAACCGCUUCCUGCAAAGAAUCUGCUUUUAGCCAGAUCCAGCCAGGGGGACAAGAACAUCAAGAUUACCUAAUGUCGGAGGUUUCAGUGCCUCAGCCGAGCUACCUUGGUGGAAUAAUCAAGGUUGAAAUAGUGGACGAGAAAGACCCAAUGGAUGACUAUGCUCUCUCGCUGUGUCCCCCGAUGGAAGUGUGGCCUCCAAACCUGUAUCCAGAGGGCUGUGGAAGGGAACCUGGUGCAGCGGGAGCAGCCCGAAAGAUGCUAGGCCCCCGAUCUAUCCAAAAGUCAUGGUUCUCUCAAUUCCCGUGGCUGGAGGCCGACAAAGGGCAGACCACCCUCUACUGCGUGGUGUGCAAGGAGAAGCCGCCCGCUCACGGCCCGGUGUCCAAACUAGUAACGGGAUACACCCGGCCGUUCAAAGUGGAGACUCUGAAGCACCACGACAAGAGCAACGCGCACAAGCUCUGCGUCCGAGCGCUGACAGCGGAGGAGGACCCAGAUGGUGCCCCGGCGGCCGAGCGCUUGACUAAGAUGUCCAGCUACGUGCUGAGGAACAUGGAGCACCUUUUCAGUGCCGCUUACGACAUCGCUUACCACUCGAAGCCGCUGAACGAUUACGAGAAAGCGCUGGACCUCUUGCAGGUCAUGGGAGCCCCCAUCACCCCCAGGUACAGGAACAGGGUCGCAUGUACCCUCUUCAUAAGGUGCAUCGCGGACACACUGCGGAAGGAGAUACUUGACAGCAUCUGCCGUUCGCCCUGCGCCUGCCUCCUCUUGGACGGCUUCACGGAUUCGUCCGACCAGCCCUGCCUGGCAAUUUACAUCCGGUACCUUAAGAGAGCGGAAGUGAAGGAGUCAUACCUUUGCUUGGCGUCUUUGCCCGGCCACACAGCCGACGCCUGCUUCGCUGCCGCCGUUUCAGCCAUGGAUGAGCUGCGGGUCCCCUUCAGGAAACCCGGGUGGGUCGUGGGCCUUGCGACAGGCGGCGCAGCCAGCAUAGCGGCCUGCAAAAGUGUGCUCGUUGCCAAAUUCCAAGAGGUGAUCCCUCGCCUGUCCCCGGCCCAUUGUGUCACCCACAAGCUACAGUACGCGGCCAUCGGCGCCUGCUACAGGGAUGUUGACUUUGUGAAGGACUGCGAAAAGCACAUCAGGGCGACGUUCAAGUUUUUCCAAGCCUCUCCCGAAAGACUGAGGGAGCUGCAGGCUGCGGCUCCCCGCCUGGGCCAAAAGGUGGCCAAACUAAUGGAGUCAAACAGUGUCAGGUGGGUAGUGAGCAAGAGGCAAACUCUAAGCGUCCUUCUGGAAAGCCUGCCUGCUUUGGUUGCUCACGUGGAGCGCCUGUCGAAAUCCAGCAGCCACGAGGGGCAGAAGGCGAAAGGCAUGUUGACGUUCUUGAGGAGCUUCCAUUUUGUCAAGUUUUCCCACUUCUUGAUCGACUUCCUUCAGGUUUACAAACCCCUCUCGGAAGUGUUCCAGAGAGAAAGCGUUUUGCUCGGGCAAGUGAACGCUGCUGUGGAAGCUGCCUACCUCGCCUUGCAAAACCUCCUCCAACAGCCGGGACUGAAGGAGGAAGAGUUUAACGCCGCCGUGAAGGACGGUUCUUUCAGAGGGGUCUCCUUGGAUGUGGUCGAGAUGGGAGAGUUCCGGUUCCAAGUGGACCGAGCAAAAAUCAUCCUGACCGGGGCGGAAUACCUGCACCAGAGAUUUGACGGCGAGACGUCACCCCAGCUCUUAAAAAGCACAGAAGUGUUUGAUACCGUGUGCCGGCCUGGGAGCUGCCUUGCCAGCUCUGGAGAUGCCGAGGUACUUUCCAUGGCGAAAUGUUUUGAGUACGCUCUCCCUCCGAGCUACAGUGAGGAAAGGCUGCUGGAUGAAUGGGCCAAACUUAAAAACGUGGCCCAGGACCUUUUGUUUUCAGAGCUGUGCAGGAAGGCCAUUGCGGAGCAGAAAGCAUUUCCUUUGCUGAGCAAACUCGCCUCAGUUUCUGCAUGCUUACGAAUCUCUACAGGAAGCUGUAAGCGGGGCUGCGUUGUUAUGAACCUGAUAAGGACUUACGAGAGGUUGAAGCUUUCCAACGAAGUGGCAAACUCUCUUGUGAUGGUGGCAGUCAAUGGGGUGGCAGUGCCGGACUUUGACCCAUUGCCUGCAAUCGAGCACUGGUACUUAACAUCAUCAGGCCGUCGUUGUUGACAACUCGGCCCCCGUCCUCACGUGCGUCGUUGAUGGGAUGCAGCUCGGAGCACAGUGCAGGGUGUGAAUAUGACCUGUAGUUGCAUUGGUGCAAGAGAUCAGCACCUGAUUUCUCCCCUUCCUUUUCUCUCCCCUCCCCUCA